AUGAUGGCAGGUUGGAGUAUUAAGGCUGCCUUGGUGCUGCUUUCAAUGGCUGUUCUUAUGCCAUCUCUCAGGGCUGGCAUUGCUGAAUAUGAUGACUUUUUGCUGCAACAGGCUGAAGAGGCCAAACAGGCUGCUCUUAAAGCUUACCACCCUCACCCCAUGAAUGUCACCGAUCACUUUAACCAUCAUGUUUAUUUGGCUUUAGAGGGAAUUCAGGGAAACAAUAGCACUAGGAGGAGCUUGAGGCAAUACAAAGGACCGUGCUUGGCGACGAACCCGAUCGAUCGUUGCUGGCGUUGCGACCGAAAUUGGGCCAACAACCGUAAGAAACUUGCCUAUUGUGUUCUUGGUUUUGGCCGAAAAACCACCGGGGGAUUAAGAGGACGUUUCUAUACUGUCACCGAUGCUUCGGACUCCGAUGUCGUAGACCCUACACCCGGAACCCUCCGACAUGCUGUUGUUCAAAAGCGGCCGUUGUGGAUUAUUUUUGGACGUAGCAUGAUCAUUAGGCUAUCCAAGGAACUGUUGGUGACUAGCGAUAAGACCAUUGAUGCUCGUGGUGCCAAUGUGCAUAUUGCUUAUGGUGCUGGUAUUAGCAUUCAAUUCUCCCGGAAUGUGAUCAUCCAUGGUCUUCACAUCCACCACAUUCUUUCGGCCACUGGCGGUAUGAUUCGAGACGCCGACGAUCAUGUCGGCCUUCGAACAGUCAGUGAUGGCGAUGGCAUAUCCAUCUUUGGAUCAUCCAAUGUCUGGCUCGAUCAUCUCUCCAUGUCCAACUGCCAGGACGGCCUCAUCGAUGCCAUCCAAGGCUCCACGGCUAUCACCGUCUCAAACUCUCAUUUCACUCAUCACAACGACGUGAUGCUGUUUGGUGCGAGUGAUUCAUUUGAAGGCGACUCGGUCAUGCAAGUGACUGUCGCUUUCAACCAUUUUGGUAAGGGAUUGGUGCAGAGGAUGCCGCGCUGCAGAUGGGGAUUCUUCCAUGUUGUCAACAACGAUUACACUCACUGGCUCAUGUAUGCCAUUGGUGGCAGCCAACAUCCCACCAUUAUCAGUCAAGGGAAUCGUUUCAUUGCCCCACCUAACCCUGCUGCAAAACAGAUUACGAACAGAAACUACGCAACAGAGAGUGUAUGGAAAACAUGGACAUGGAGAUCGGAAGGGGAUUUGUUGAUGAACGGAGCGUAUUUUGUUGAGUCUGGGGAUCCAAGCAAGCAAAGGCCAUACAGCAGGUUCGACAUGAUAAAGGCUAGGCCUGGCACUUUUGUUAGGAGGCUGACGCGCUUCUCUGGCUCGCUCAACUGUUAUGUUGGUCGCCCAUGCUAAAAGCAACAGCCAACAACCAAAACUCAUUUACCUUCAGCUGAAGAACAAGAACAAGUUGAUGGGUGAGAGAGCAGCGAAAAUGGAGAACUUGACAAAACCAGCAGAGGGAAUUAAAAGUGGAAGGCCUGAAGAAGACGAACAACUUUAUUUCAUUCUUUUGUGUUUAUAACAAUUUAU